AUGUCCCACAGCAAAAGAAACACGACCAGACCUGUCUUCACAGCCCACGAGCGCAACCUCGCCCGCGCAGCCUGGACAUCCUCCUCCGCGCGCCUCACGCGCGACUCCUUCCUACCCUUCGGCUCUUGCAACCUCUGCCUCGAGCCGGCGCGGGACCCCGUAGCGUGCCACCGCGGCGACGUGUUCUGCCGCGAGUGCGCGCUGGCCAACCUGCUCGCGCAGAGGAAGGAUAUCAAGCGGUUGGCGAAGGCGCGGGCGGCGGCCGAGAAGGAAGUCGAGGCAGCGAGGGGGGAGAAAGAAGCUGAGGCGAGGGAAAGGGCUGUGAAGGAGUUUGAGAUGGUGCAGUUGGGCUUGGGAACGAGCGGACGCGGGACCGCAAGUCGCGAGGAGGAGGAGGGCCGGGGGGCGAAUGGGGAGGGGGAGAAGAAGAAGAAGGAGGUUGCGGGGUUGAUUGCGCAGGGGACGAAGAGGAAGUUUGAUUUGGAUGAGAAGGAGGUGGAGAGGAUAUCGAGGGAGGAUGUCACCAAGGCGCGGAAAGCCAUUGAUGAUGAGAUCGCUCAAAAACCGACCCUCCCCUCCUUCUGGACCCCCUCCCUAACACCCACAAUCGACCCCGAAACCGCCCUCUCCACCCGCAAGAAACCCAAAGAAUCCCCCAUCUGCCCCUCGUCCCCCUCCGACGCCCCUCACAUCUUUUCCCAAAAGCACCUCAUCACCCUCUCCUUCACCGAAGAAAAGGACCCCUCAUCCUCCUCAUCCACCAACGCCGUGAAGCGCAUCUGCCCCUGCUGCCGCAAAACCCUCUCCAACCCGUCCAAACCCGUCCUCGCCAAACCGUGUGGCCACGUUCUCUGUCGCGCGUGCGCUGUGCGGCUUGUUGAGAGCGCGAGGGCGGAUGGUGAUGAUGCGGCCCUUACGUGUUACGUCUGCGAUGCGAGCCUUGCAGAGAAGGGGGAUAGGAGUAAGGAGGAAGAGGAUCAGCCCGCGGGGAAGAAGAAGGCUAGGGGGUUGUUGCCGAGUACGUUGAUCGAGUUGAGGUCGGAUGGGACGGGGUUCUCUGCUGGAGGGGCGAGUCGGGUUGAGAGGGAUAGUACCAAUUUCCAGUGCUAG